AUGGCCGCUGGGACGAGGCGCUCUGCACUGAGUCUGCAGCCUGUCCAGGGCCAACAUCCCUCCACCUCGCGCCCUCGCAUGAAACCAAGGCUCGGUGAGCGCAAGAUCGCAACUUGGCCGCCAUUGCGCCUCACGUCACGGCAGGACGCAACCGUGACCCGACACCAACCGCAAUCUGGAGGCCUGAUCUACCAGCGCGAGUUCCAAGCCGGACUCCAAAAGCUCUCCACGAACGAUUACCUUGUCCUCGCCGGUACUUUUCACGGUGUCCACGCUAUCACUCGCUCCCUCACUCCACGAAUCACGUCGUCGUCUUCAACAUCUGCAUCAGGCCCAGGCGCCGCAACCCCGACUCAUUCAUCUCUCCCCAACCCGGGCCUCCCCAAAUCCGGCCUAGAGGUCCUCGAAUCCGAAAAGUUCCGCUUAACAUGCUUCCAAACCGUGACGGGCACUAAAUUCCUUCUCUUCACUGACCCGGUGAUGCCUAAUGUCGACCCUAUGAUACGCAAGAUUUACGAGCUGUACGCAGAUUAUGUGAUGAAGAAUCCGUUUUACCAGAUGGAGAUGCCAGUGAGAUGCGAGGCCUUUGACCGACACCUGGGGACAUGGUUGAGAAGUCGGGGAUAA